UUUUACUAGUACUGCUAUUCCAAAAUAAUAUCCACAAGGUAAAGUUAGAAUAUGAGGAGAGUUAGUACUUAGUCUUGGAGGAAAUUAAGCUAAGCAAGGGUACCAGCAGCAACGCCAAGCCAACAAUGGAGGAGACCUGGCUCUUCCUCCUCUUCUCCAUCUCGCUCGUCGCCGUCUUGCUCGCCACCGCUCGCCGCCGCCGCUCUAGCAGCAUCAAGGCGCGCCUCCCUCCCGGGCCGUCGCCGCUGCUCUUCCUCGCCAAGUUCCUCCGCCUCCGCCGCUCCAUCUUCGACCUCGGCCCGCUCCUCCGCGACCUGCACGCGCGCCACGGCCCCGUCAUCUCCAUCCGCCUCUUCGGCACCACCCUCGUCUUCGUCGCCGACCGCCGCCUCGCCCACCGCGCACUCGUCCAGGGCGGCUCCACCUUCGCCGACCGCCCGCCGCUCCCGGAGCUCGGCCGCCUCUUCACCUCCGACACCCGCGACAUCAACUCCUCCCCGUACGGCCCCUACUGGCGCCUCGUCCGCCGCAACCUCGCCUCCGAGGCGCUCAGCCCGGCCCGCGUCGCGCUCUUCGCGCCGGCGAGGCGGCGCGCGCGCGACGUGCUCGUCCGCGGCCUCCGCGACCGCGGCGGCGACGGCUCCCGGCCCGUCGAGCUGAGGCCGUUGCUCCGGCGCGCCAUGUUCGAGCUGCUCCUGUACAUGAGCCUCGGCGCCAGGCUUGCCCCGGAGGCGCUCGAGGAGGUCGAGCGGCUGGAGCUAUGGAUGCUCCGCGCCUUCACCAGCUUCCCCGUCUUCUCCUUCUUCCCGGCGAUCACCAAGAGGCUCUUCCGCAACCAGUGGGCCGCUCACGUGGCCGUUCGCCGGAGGGUGGGCGAGAUAUACGUCCCGCUGAUCAACGCCAGGCGCGCCGGAGACGGAGACGGCGACGACCCACCCUGCUACACGGACUCCCUCCUCCAGCUGCGCGUGGCCGAGGAAGGCGACCGGCCGCUGACGGACGACGAGAUCAUCGCGCUCUGCUCCGAGUUCCUCAACGCCGGCACCGACACGACGGUGACGUUGGUGGAGUGGAUCAUGGCCGAGCUUGUGAACCGCCCCGACAUCCAGGCCAAGGUCCACGACGAGGUGAGACGCCGGCCGGAGCUAACCGAGGCAGACCUGCAGGCGAUGCCGUACCUCAAGGCCGUGGUGCUGGAGGGCCUCCGGCUGCACCCGCCGGCGCAGUUCCUGCUGCCGCACGGCGUGCAGAGCGACGCGGAGGUCGGCGGCUACGUGGUGCCCAGGGGCGCGGAGCUGAACGUGUGGGUGGCGGAGUUGGGGCGGGACGAGGUGGUGUGGACGGCGGCGAGGGAGUUCAUGCCGGAGAGGUUCAUGGACGGCGGCGAGGUGGAGGUGGACGUGACGGGGAGCAGGGAGAUAACGAUGAUGCCGUUCGGCGUGGGGCGGCGGAUGUGCCCCGGGUACACGGUGGGGACGCUGCACGCGGAGUACCUGGUGGGGAGCCUGGUGAGGGAGCUGGAGUGGCUGCCGGAGACGGAGGGGGAGGCGGCGGACAUGGCGGAGGAGCUGGAUUUCACCACCGUCAUGAAGCACCCGCUCCGUGCUCGCGUCCUCCCAAGGCCCUCCUCCCUCUACUAAUCGUGCUUCCAUGGAUGAAUCAUGCAUGAAGAAUAACAUGCCAAUCGAUAGUUUUGUGAUGGUUGUAAAAGCAUGUGUAGUUUUAUGAUACGUACUUUAUGUUUAAAUAUGUGUAAUACUGUUGAUUUUUGAAAUAAUAUUUCAUCAUUGUCUUAUUUAAAUAUUUAGGGUAAAUAUAAAAAAACAUAAAUCAUGUUUAAAUUAUAGGGUACACAUAAGUUGUAAUAAUAUGAAUGACACAUGCAUGUUUUUUGUUUUGUAAAAUGAAUGGUGAAUCGUCAUAUGAGUCAA